GGAAGAGGAGGCGAGCGCGACGCAGAGGAGAGAGGAGACGAGAGCGAGCGAAGCCCAAAGGCAAAGCCAAAAAGCCCACCACCACCACCGCACCACACGAGAGAAGGAGAUCGAGAGCUGCGGCUGCCUAUCGCUACCACCACCACCACCAGCGAGGACGGGAGCGAGGCGAACGAGCGCCGCGACGAUCCGCGAGGCGCGGCUCCCGAGGCGACGACGCGCCCGAAUCCGUCGCCUCCCCUCGCACCACCGACCUCCGAUCGCCGCCGCCGCCCCCCCCGCGCCCGCCGAUAUUGGAAGGAUCCCAGAGGGCUGGAGCGGUGACCUGAGUUGCAUGGGGAGAGGAUGCCAGAGCUGCGAAGCAGUACUCGCCAAGCACGGCUGAGGUCUAGAAAGCUUGACGACCAAAAGCCACCAGAACAGGCUGCAAAACCAGCGUUGCCUGCUCCACAGAGAGCAGGAAAGCGUGUUCCCACCCCUGCUGUCAGGGGAAGAAAGGGUGCUGCUGGGAGAAGAGGGGCAGCAGCACCAAGGGCUAGAAGAAAGGAGGUUGAGGUUGUUGACUUGGAAGCUGGCCCAGAUCGUGAGGAUUCCCCUAAACCUGUUGCUAGACAGGCAGGUGUUGGUGAAGCAAAGAACCUUGGGUUGAAUAAGGCACCUGAAGUUGUUGCCAAUAAGGGUUUGCGAAUGGAUGGUGAAAGCGCAGAGAAGCUUGUUGGGGCCGAUGAUGAAUCUUCACUACCUGUCCCUGAGAGGAUUCAAGUAGGUAAUUCUCCAGAAUAUAUAACUGACAGGAAAUUAGGUAAAGGUGGUUUUGGCCAAGUUUAUGUUGGUAGAAGGGUAUCUGGUGGAACUAACCGCACUGGUCCUGAUGCUUAUGAGGUUGCUUUGAAGCUUGAGCAUCGAAACAGUAAAGGGUGCAAUUAUGGUCCCCCAUAUGAGUGGCAAGUUUACCAUACUCUUAAUGGCUGCUAUGGCAUACCAGCUGUCCACUACAAGGGUCGUCAGGGCGACUAUUAUAUUCUUGUCAUGGAUAUGCUUGGUCCCAGCCUUUGGGAUGUGUGGAAUUCAUUGGGGCAGGCGAUGUCUCCACAUAUGGGUGCUUGCAUUGCCGUAGAGGCCAUAUCAAUUCUUGAGAAGCUCCAUUCUAAAGGAUUUGUCCAUGGUGAUGUGAAACCAGAGAACUUUCUGCUUGGUCAGCCUGGAUCACCUGACGAGAAGAAGCUUUACCUUAUUGAUCUUGGUUUAGCAUCGAAAUGGAGGGAAACAUCUGGGCAACAUGUUGAUUAUGACCAAAGGCCUGAUAUCUUUAGGGGUACAAUUAGAUAUGCCAGUGUCCAUGCCCAUUUAGGCCGUACUGGUAGUAGGAGGGAUGAUUUAGAGUCAUUGGCUUACACCCUUAUAUUUCUCAUAAGAGGAAGAUUGCCCUGGCAAGGUUACCAGGGUGAUACCAAGAGUUUCCUUGUUUGCAAGAAGAAAAUGUCUACUUCUCCAGAGAUGCUAUGCUGUUUCUGUCCACCUCCGUUUAAACAUUUUCUUGAUAUGGUCACAAAUAUGAAAUUUGAUGAGGAGCCAAAUUAUGCCAAACUAAUUUCUCUUUUUGAUGGUUUGAUUGAAGUACCUGCUUCAAGGCCUAUCAGAAUUGAUGGCGCUCUUAAGGUUGGGCAGAAACGUGGAAGAAACCAGGAAGAAGAUGAGCAACCCAAGAAGAAAGUUAGAUUAGGUAGCCCAGCAGCUCAAUGGAUUUCAGUUUACAAUGCCAGGCGGGCCAUGAAGCAAAGGUACCACUAUAACGUAGCUGACAAUAGACUUCAGCAGCAUAUAGAGAAGGGUAAUGAAGAUGGCCUAUACAUUAGUUGUGUGGCUUCUUCAGCAAAUCUUUGGGCCCUCAUAAUGGAUGCAGGAACUGGUUUCUGUUCUCAAGUUCAUGAGCUCUCACCAGUUUUUCUGCAUAAGGACUGGAUAAUGGAUCAGUGGGAGAAGAAUUUCUACAUAACAGCAAUAGCUGGAUCAACCAAUGGAAGUUCUUUAGUUGUGAUGUCCAAAGGAACUCCUUACACCCAGCAGUCAUACAAGGUUAGUGAGUCGUUCCCCUUCAAGUGGAUCAAUAAAAAGUGGAAAGAAGGUUUUCAUGUGACAUCUAUGGCCACUGCUGGGAAUCGCUGGGGUGUAGUCAUGUCAAGGAAUUCAGGUUACUCUGAACAGGUUGUAGAGUUGGAUUUCCUGUAUCCAAGCGAAGGCAUCCAUCGGCGAUGGGAGACUGGUUACAGAAUAACUUCAACAGCAGCAACUAAUGACCAAGCUGCUUUUAUCUUGAGCAUACCUAAACGCAAACCAGUAGAUGAGACACAAGAAACUCUCCGGACCUCUGCCUUUCCCAGCAAUCAUGUCAAGGAUAAAUGGGCGAAAAAUCUGUACAUAGCUUCCAUCUGCUUCGGGCGAACCGUCUGUUGAUGGUGAGAUUGCCUGCCAUUGAAAUUGAAGCGAUUGCAUUGAGAAGUGGGAGAUGGAAAGUGGAUUCGCAUGAUCAUAGGGCUAGAGAGCAGCAGAAGUUUCGGUAUUCUGCGACUGUAAAGAAAUGUUGUAUUACCGGAUGCCGGCCUUGUGGGCCUUUUCCAUAAAAGAAGCUAACACAUUGGAAAUC